AUGCUGCUGCUGCCUGACAAGGUCCCUGAGACCUCCCUGGCUAUCCCUCUUAUAAUUAACUAUGUCAUGUUCACCAUGAUCCUGGUAACCUUCUCAGUCAUCCUCAGUGUGGUGGUCCUCAACCUGCACCACCGGACCCCCUCCACACACAUUAUGCCCCCCAGGGUGCGCAAGGUGAGCUGUAGCCUACAUGACAGCGCUAUGGAGUCUGUAUGAGAUAUAGACUCUAGGAUUCUGCUUCUGCUUUUUCUGCUUCUUCUUCUGCUUCUUCUUCAGCUACUUCUGCUUCUUUUUCUGCUUCAGCUACUUCUGCUUCUGCCUGUUAUGCUUCUGCUUCUUCUUCUGCUUCUUCUUCUGCUUCUUCUUCAGCUACUUCUGCUUCUUUUUCUGCUACUUCUGCUUCUUCUUCUGCUUCUUCUAUGCCAAGGGGCCAUAUGUUUGCUACUUUCUGCUAAAACCUUGACCUUUGACCCCUCAUCCAGGUGUUCAUCCACUUCCUGCCAAAGUGCCUGGGCAUGCAGAAGCCACACGCAGAGGAGCCCCUGGAGGAGGAGCCUAGUGAUGACACGCCCCUCCAGAGCGUCGAUGGAAGAAGGUCGGGGGGAGAGUACUUCUUCAGGAAGAUUAACCCUGAACUGGUCCUACCCUGGAGAGGCAGGUAAGUUAUCAACUACCAAGACAUGCAUGCAUACACAAACACACACACACACACACACACACACACAGCUACUUUAUUUUGGGUCGUGGUUUGAGACUACAGUCUGUCUUGGCUCGUACUAUAUGGCUAGAAAGAUUUUAUGGUGAAGAGAUUGUUAUUCGAGUGAAUACAAGCAAGCCAAAGCAGGAAUCUUCUCUACAGCACUAUCCAAAGUAUAAAUGCCUUUUUCUCCAGUGCCAGCCUUGCUAUUACAAUUAGGUCCACUGUGUGCCCAGUCUUGGCAGUAGUAUAAUAUUCACUAGACCAAUAGAUGUCUCAUCUCAGGGAUAUACAGCCCCAAUAAAGUAUAAGUCUGGCAUUGUAGUUCUAUUCCUCCUAUCCCUAUGGCAUUUAUCCGGGGGUAUUCAACUCUUACCAUAUGAGGUCCGGAGCCUGCUGGUUUUCUGUUCUGCCUGAUAAUUAAUUGCACCAACCUGGUAUCCCAGGUCUAAAUCAGUCCCUGAUUAGAGGAGAACAAUGAAAAUACGCAGUGGAACUGGCUUCGAGGUCCAGAGUUGAGUUGAGGGCUCUAUACUAAACGAUCAAUAGAUGACCUCUCCAUAUUCGCUCCACUAUCCCAAUAGUCUAGCACUGUAGCCCCUAUUCUUCCUAUCUCCAUCUCUUCCAACCCUCAAUAGAUGCCUCCUCUCCAUAGCCUCUUCAAUAUACUCACCAUAGCAUCUAUAAUACUCUACUAUACUAUACUCUCCACAGUCCACUCAGUGAUGAUAUUUAGUUGGCCCCCCAGUAAUCUGUGAGUGUCAUCCCAGUCUCACCAUCCAGAGUGGGACGAUGGCGCCAGUGUCAACUCAACUGUUCCUUGAGCGAGAGAGUAGUGAUUCAACUCUCUCUUUCUGUGGUCACAGAGCUAAUUAGAGACCAGGGCCCAGAUUCACAAAACCUUCUUAAGAAGAAAAUUGUUCAUAACUGCCAUUUUUUCCUUAACUUAGAUUUAGAAAAUUUAGCAGACGUUCUAUCCCAAAAAGGUAUUGACAGUUCAUUGCUUCUUUAUAUGUUUCCCCUGUGAAGCAACUGGGUUUCUAAUCCAGUUAUCACUAAACCCUGGUCCUUCCAACCCCUGGGCAUGUGGAGAGAAAUAAGCUCAAUGAAAGCAUAGAACAUGUUUUAAUUCACUCAUAAACUUCCUCUGCAAAGUUCAAUCAAUAUGAUUUAUUUAACCUCAAGAACAUGUUUUUAGAACAGUAAUCUCAGUAUGACAAUAAUGCUAACAGGAUUGCCAUUGCUAGCUAGAUAGCUAGCUAAAUCGGUUGACUCACUCAUUUGACGGCUACAUGGAGCAGGCCUUUGCCGAGAAGCUGCUUAAAUACCAGCCCCUCGUGGCAUGCUUGGACAGCCUCGGGUGUAGGUGCAAGAUGGUGGCGCUGAUAUUUGGCAGUCUCGGCCACGUACACAGGCUUGCAGUGCGUGGCCUCCAGAUUGCGGGUCUGACAAAAACUUGGGCAAAGCAAUUGGCUAGGUACUGCUCCAUUGUAGCUGUCGUGGUCAGUUUAGCUGUUUGGAGAAGGAUGUGCUUUCUGUACCCUUGAGUGCCAUGCAUACAGGGACCUUUGAAAUGUUUGGAAUCCUUUUUUUGUCCUAUUUGAUUGGUGGAUUCAAAUAAAGUAUUUAAAAUGUGUGUGUCAAAAUCAAAUACAAUUUUAUUGGUUGCGUACACAUAUAGUAUUUUGCAGAUGUUAUCGCGGGUGUAGCGAAAUGCUUAUGUUCCUAGCUCCAACAAUGCAGUAAUACCUAUAACAAUACAAAACAAUACACGCAAAUCCUAACAAUACAAAUAAAAGAGUUGGCACAGACGGUGGUCACACACUACAAGAUUCUUCACUUGGUUUUGAGGAUUCCCGACACCACGCUGUCUCGCAAAAACACUGAUGUGAUUAGAAUGUUAACGUAGCUAGAAUGAGCUGUGCCUCAAAGCAGGCUCAUAAACGUUUUCAGUCAGAAAUUCACACUUGCCAUACAGAGUUGAAAUGUCUAGCCAUCAUUUUGAAUUGAGUAACAUUGCUGGUGAACUUCUCACAUUAAACGAGCGCCUGUGUGUGUGUGUGUGUGUGUGUGUGUGAGUGAGAUCUUUCCACCUCAGGGCCCAGCUAUGCUCCGUCCUGCCUACUGCCUACUGCGUGUGUGUGUGUGUGUGUGUGUGUGUGUGUGUGUGUGUGUGUGUGUGUGUGUGUGUGUGUGAGUGAGAUCUUUCCCCCUCAGGGCCCAGCUAUGCUCCGUCCUGCCUACUGCGUGUGUGUGUGUGUGUGUGUGUGUGUGUGUGUGUGUGUGUGUGUGUGUGUGUGUGUGUGUGUGUGUGUGUGUGUGUGUGUGUGAGUGAGAUCUUUCCCCCUCAGGGCCCAGCUAUGCUCCGUCCUGCCUACUGCGUGUGUGUGUGUGUGUGUGUGUGUGUGUGUGUGUGUGAGUGAGAUCUUUCCCCCUCAGGGCCCAGCUAUGCUCCGUCCUGCCUACUGCGUGUGUGCGUGUGUGUGUGUGUGUGUGUGUGUGUGUGUGUGUGUGUGUGUGUGUGUGUGUGUGUGUGUGUGUGUGUGAGUGAGAUCUUUCCCCCUCAGGGCCCAGCUAUGCUCCGUCCUGCCUACUGCGUGACAGCAGCAGUCCAGGGCUUCCAUUCAUGACCACAGACAGAUGGAGCCUGCCUCGCUCUGUCUCUCUCUCAUUCUCUAUCUCACACACAGUCACAUAAACAGACAGAUAUAGUUUACAAACACACACACACACACACACACACACACACACACACGAACAGACAGAACAGAGACCCACCAGUAUAUAACUACUUUAUUUUGGGUUGUGGUUUGAGACUACAGUCUGUCUUGGCUAAAAAUAUUUUAUGGUGAAGAGAUUGUUAUUCGAGUGAAUACAAGCAAGCCAAAGCAGGAAUCUUCUCUACAGCACUAUCCAAAGUAUAAAUGCCUUUUUCUCCAGUGCCAGCCUUGCUAUUACAAUUAGGUCCACUGUGUGCCCAGUCUUGGCAGUAGUAUAAUCUUCACUAGACCAAUAGAUGUCUCAUCUCAGGGAUAUACAGCCCCAGUAAAGUAUAAGUCUGGCAUUGUAGUUCUAUUCCUCCUAUCCCUAUAGCCUUUAUCCCACACACAGACACACACACAAACAGAUACACACACAUACACUUAAUCCCCCUUUCUUUACCGGAACUGGUCUGGUUUCCUACUUCCCCAGUGUGAGGGGAGAUAUCCGGUGUCGCCCUGUGUCCCUGGUGACAUAUCAUGCUCCCCUCAGUGACACCCUAGCACACACACACACACACACACACACACACACACACUCACUCCCUUGGCCUUUGUGUUGCCAGGAGGUUAUGAUGCCCACAUGGUGGUGGAGGUGGUGGUUCCAGCCUAACAGGUGGGCCCUGGUGCCAGUCUGGCCUCCCUAUAGAGGUGAUAAUUGAUAGAUACUGAAUGGCCCUGGUGCCAGUCUGGCCUCCCUAUAGAGGUGAUAACUGAUACAUUCUGAAUAGCCCUGGUACCUGUCUGGCCUCCCUAAAGAGGUGAUAACUGAUAGAUACUGAAUAGCCCUGGUACCUGUCUGGCCUCCCUAUAGAGGUGAUAACUGAUACAUUCUGAAUGGCCCUGGUGCCAGUCUGGCCUCCCUAAAGAGGUGAUAACUGAUAGAUACUGAAUAGCCCUGGUACCUGUCUGGCCUCCCUAUAGAGGUGAUAACUGAUAGAUACUGAAUAGCCCUGGUACCUGUCUGGCCUCCCUAUAGAGGUGAUAACUGAUAGAUACUGAAUGGCCCUGGUGCCAGUCUGGCCUCCCUAAAGAGGUGAUAACUGAUAGAUACUGAAUAGCCCUGGUACCUGUCUGGCCUCCCUAUAGAGGUGAUAACUGAUAGAUACUGAAUAGCCCUGGUACCGUCUGGCCUCCCUUAGAGGUAACUGAUAGAUAUAAAUAGCCCUGGUGAGUCUGGCCUCCCUAUAGAGGUGAUAACUGAUAGAUACUGAAUAGCCCUGGUACCUGUCUGGCCUCCCUAUAGAGGUGAUAGAUACUGAAGAUACUGAUGCCCUGGUGAUCUGGCCUCCCUAUAGAGGUGAUAAUUGAUAGAUACUGAAUAGCCCUGGUGCCAGUCUGGCCUCCCUAUAGAGGUGAUAAUGGAUAGAUACUGAAUAGCCCUGGGCCUGGCUAAUGAACACACACAUCUCUCAUCAGCUGUGUGACUAUAAAACAGUGCCAAAGAAAGAAUGUCAUAUGAAAUAGUAAAAUAGACAUGAUGUCCCUCAAUUUUUUAUUGUAUCUCCAUAAGACCAAUUGUACAUGUAUGGUGUAAUAAUUAUUCAAAAUAUUCGGUGAGCAUCACUGAAAAUAUGUAUAUAUUGAUACGAUAUAUUGAUAUUGAUACUUCUAUAGGGAUAUAUUGAUAUAGGGAUAUAUUGCUAUUGAUAUUGAUAUAGUGAUAGAUUGAUAUUGAUAUAGUGAUAGAUUGAUAUUGAUAUAGUGAUAGAUUGAUAUAGUGAUAGAUUGAUAUUGAUAUAGUGAUAGAUUGAUAUAGUGAUAGAUUGAUAUUGAUAUAGUGAUAGAUUGAUAUAGUGAUAGAUUGAUAUUGAUAUAGUGAUAGAUUGAUAUUGAUAUAGUGAUAGAUUGAUAUUGAUAUAGUGAUAUAUUGAUAGACAACCCUGUUACUGUACAUGGGUGUUACAGGCAUAUUGAGGGGACAGGGGUGCGUGGCAGGCACCCGUUAACACCAUGUUUGUGGAGCAGGUUGACCCAACAUUGUUGUGUUACUACGAGGGUGGCGGGUCUGUGGGGUGGUAUGUAUGGCUGUGCGUGAGGUAAGCUACAGUAUAUAAAGGACAUUCAGUAUAUUGGGUAUAUAUUAUAUUACUUCUGCUGUGUUGAUGCCUCAGGUCACUGUGAUGAUCCUUAUAGGAAACAAACGUCCUUGACAGAGAGUCUGUGUUUCCAUUUCAAUCAAACAAUUGCUCACAUCAAAUCAAAAUCAAAUCAAAGUUUAUUGGUUGCAUACACAGGUUUGCAGAUGUUAUCACAGGUGCAGCAGAAUGCUUGUGUUUCUAUCUCCAACAGUGCAGUACUAAUACCUAGCAAUACAAAACAAUACGCACAUAAUCCAAAAAGUAAAAAGAAAGACAUUUUGAAAUAUCAGAAGGAUCAAUGUCAAAGUCCGGAAUAUAUAUGAUGAGUGUGUAUAGACAUUAUGGACAGUAUAUAACUAGAAAAGGUGUGUACAGCAGUAGUUAUAUAGGAUGAGCCUUGACUAGAAUACAGUAUAUACAUAUAAAGUGGGUAAAACAGCUUGUAAACAUUAAAGUGACCAGGGUUCAAAGCAGUCUCUAAGGUUAAGGGCAGGGUACUGGGCGGAGGCCGGCUAGUGGUGACUGUUUAACAGUCCUUUGUUAACCAAGGGAUAUACAGUAGUUCAACCAGGAAUCAGGGGUAGACAUAACAUAGUAAAUUUAAAUCCGGGACACUCCAAUUAGUAUGAAAUGUUACGUUUCGUAAGGUAUGUAUUAAUUUGUGGAUGUCGAUCAUCCAUUUCGUAUGAUAUGUUACGAUUUAUAAUUUGUACGAUAUCUUACGAAUUGCAAUUCAUACAAUAUCUUACGAAUUUGCUAAACGUUACGAAUUUGUUUUACGGUAGCUAACGGUGGCUAACACUAACAUUAGCAUUAGCUAGGUGGCUAACGUCAGCUGGGUUAGAGGUUAUGGUUGGUUAAAUGCUAAGGUUAGGGUUAGGUUAAAGGGUUACGUUUUAGGGUUAGAGGAAGGUUUAGCUAACAUGUUAAGUUGCUCAAAAGUAGUAAGUAGUUGCAAAGUUACUAAUUAGCUAAAAUGCUAUAGUUGUCUGUGAUGAGAUUCGAACGCGCAACCUUUGGGUUGCUAGAUGUUUGCAUUAUACGCCCACCCAUCCACCCUGACCAACUACCCUACUUUCGUUUUUUGCCUUAAGUAACCUUCUGUCUUAUGUAACCAUACCAAACAUAACAUAUCAUACUAAUUUCAGUGUCCCGGAUUUACAUUUACUAUGUUAUGUCUAGUUUAUGAGACCAGGCUGAAUAGUUUCACAUGUUCUAUAAGAAAAUUGUCACAUGUUCAUUGUCUGUUCUCUAUGUGAAUUGGUGGAUGUUCUGGUGUGGAGUGAGAGUGAGAGUACAGUGCAGCUCCAGGGGUUCUUUGACAGUGACGACUACUGUCUGAUCCUCCCCCCGGACCUCAAGUCAGCCAUAACUGACGUCACAUACAUGGCUGAGCACCUGAAGAAGCAGGACAGUACCGACUCAGUGGGCACCGCACACACACACACACACCACACACACACACACACACACACAACCUCCCCCUCGCUUCUCAUUAAAUUCAUCUCCAUUCUCUAGUCCCAGAGCCAGUCAGUGUUCCCAGCAUGCUCUAGUGAUGUCCAUGUGUUACUGCAGACAUACUGUACUUUAUUCUUCAAUACUUACAUACUUACGUAUGUCUCUAUGUCUCUUUGUGCGUGUGCCUGUGUGUGUUCGCCCUACAGGAGACAGGAGACUGGCAGUACGUAGCCAUCGUGGUGGACAGGCUGUUCCUGUGGCUGUUUGUCAUCGUCUCUACUCUGGGGACGAUCCCUUCCUCCUGA